CAAUAUUUUCUCAUAUUGGCUCAGUUGCGGGCAGAAAAACCGUGUGAAAGUAGUGAAAGUGCUCUUGUGAGUGAUGUUCAAGGAAGUCACCACAAAGAUCUAGGAUUGCAAAGGUGGACUUUUGAAGAAAAUCGCAUUGAAAUUGCGAUACAAGACGUCUGGCUACAUCUGCGCCACCAGUAUCGUCGCGUGAAAAGUUGUGAUACGGUGUGGAGUUUUUCCCGCGCUUUUACUGUCGACCAGAGAGGGAAAUGAGGAUUGAAACUUGCAUGUAAUUUUCGAGUGAAUUUCAGUAUUUUCCUCAAAAAUUUCUAAUUUUCUGUGUAGUGAAUGAAAUCUUGCAGAAAGUUUUAUCAACUCUGAAUGUUGAUGUCCAUUAAUUCCUUGUCAAAUCUGCAGUGAGCAACAAUACUCAGUGUUCCUGGCUUUUAGCCAAAUUCCCUACAUUGAGACAUGUGUUUUUACGUUCUCAGUCACAACAAGAGAAUCUUCAGGCAAUUAGUGUGAAGAUGUGAGUGCAAUUGUGUAGAAGAGACACUAGAAAACAUUGAAAUUGCACACAAGCCUGCCAGAAAGAUGAAUUUACUUUACUGGACCGCUGGAAUUGUGACUCUCCUCACAGCAAUCAUUUUCUACUACCCCACUUUCUUCUAUGUUUUCCUGUUUGUCCUGUAUUCAGCAACGCUUGUGAUUUUGUCUAUCGCCGCAACAAUUUAUGUUCAUUGUCUGCUAUCAUCGAAGAGCCAGCCUCAAGCUAGUCACUUGCCAUCGAAUGUGUUGUACAAUGCGACGAGAUCCAGUAUCUUCGAUUCGCCAAAGCCCAUCAGGAAUGCUUCGAGUUUGCCAGUGAUCUUUGGACGCACUGUUGACGGACUCUUGCAGCAAAUAAUUGAGUACACCAUCAGAGAUUUUAUCUCACCAUGGCUGGGUCAUGUUGUGAGGAAGCCCAAAACUCUUAUGGAUGUUGUGCGGGAAGACUUGUGGAAUGCCAUUCAGAAGCUGCGUGAGAGGGCGGUGAAAGUCGAUGGGCCGAAGAUGUUCGCUGUAGACAUUGUGGUGCGAGUGACUGUGCAUCUGGAGAAGAUCAGGAUCUAUCAGGCGAGACAGAGUGAUGGCGGAAGUGCUCCGACCUUUGCCACGGCGUCGUACUUAGAGUCUGAGGAGAAGGAAUUGGAAUUCCUCAGGAAGAUAAGUGAGAUAAUGGUGAUAUUCCUCUUGCCACGAGGCUACUCACUAUCGCCACUGAAGAAUCUCAUUAGCGAAAUCCUUUCGUACAAGAUAUUCCAUCCGCUAAUCAAGAUGCUCACCUCGCCGGACUACAUCAAUCAGAAGAUUGUGCAGUACAUGGAAUCUCGAUUGGCAGCAGCGGCGAUAAGCAAGAGGAGCUAUGAAUAUGCAGCGAGUUUUGAGGAUUUCCUCAAGAUUAUCAACAAUUCCCAGAGCGUAGAUGAGUUGCUGAUGAUGCGAUCCAGCAUUGUGAAUGAUAUCAUGCAGGCCACAACUAUGCAGAAUCUGCGAAGGGCUAAAGGUCUUGACCCGGACGGUGAGGAGGGGAAUUUGUCAAAGACUUCGCAGAAGCUGAAAAGAUACAUUCAACAGCUAACAUUGGCUCGUGCCCAAACAGAAAGGAAUCUCAACAAACUGGGAUGGGAUGGAAAUUUCAACACGACAGACUUGAAUCUCUCUAUGCUGGACAUUUUGUCGACUGUUGUGGGCAGGAGAUACUUAACACUCUUCCUGGAGCCUCUCCAUGUCAGCUCUCUUGUGGGAUUCUACACCUCCGUGGAGGAACUGAAGCACUCUCCAAAGACUUCAGAACACCAGGUCGGAGCGGAAAUCUUCUACACUUACAUUCGGGCUCCGUCAUCGGAGAUUGUCAUUGACAAGAGCGUGAGGAAGAAGAUGGAAGCCUUCCUUCUGGGCGACAUUGGAUCUGAGGUGUUCUAUGAAGCCCAAAAGACUGUCUUGCAGACACUCGAAGACAAAUACUAUCCACCUUUUCUGCAAAGUCAACAAUACCUGGACUUGCGAAACACUCUCACGUCUGAGGAUAUUAAGGAUAUUUCUCUGAGUAACUAUGCCGACUCUACGGAUGAGAGCAGCAGUGUGAAUAGCGAGGGUAGUGACAUGAGUUUAGAUCUCACUAACCACUCAACGUACGCAAGGAACAAGCUCGACCAGCUCCAAGAGAGGCUCAAUAACAAAAAUCAAGCUCUGCAGGCGCUGAAAUGCUCUCUGAAGCCUGAAUCAAAAAUCUUGUCCAUUCUGGAGAAGGAAGUGGACUGGUUGAAGGGUGAGAAGCAUCAAUUGGAGGCUCAUUUGAUGCGAACAGAGAUUUGGGCGGACAAUUUAGGCAAGUGGAAGGCCACAGUUCAGAGUGUUGAUGUGAAUGAGGAGAAGGAUUCCUUGCAAUUUAUGAUCUUAGUCCAGACUGAUGAGUCCGUUGGUCAGGAAUGUGGUGAAAAUAGUGAGGAGAAUGGUGAUAAUGUGUCCACUGGAUGGGUAGUUCUGCGCUCUCUGAACAAUUUUCAGGAACUCAACAGAAAACUUCGUCCGCUGUGCAGGGAAAUUCGCUCUCUGGAGCUCCCAUCGAUGACUUUCAAGCUCUUCUUCCAGAAGAACGACAAGAGCUCUCUUGAAAAAGCCAAAGGACAGAUACAGAAGUAUCUGAACUUCAUUCUGACUGAUGAUCACUUGAACCAGAGUGAGGCUCUCUAUGCAUUCUUGAGUCCUAGCUCCGACCAUCUGAAGCAGGUCACGCCGUCUCCGAAGAAAUCAAAAUUCUCCUUGGCCACUCUCUUCAAAGGCAACGCUGUGGAGACGAGCAAACAUGACGCCUUCUGGGGCUGCCCUAGGGACAGUGGCGAGGACGAAAUGUCAUCGUAUCUGGAAGGCGCGAACAGUACCGAUGCUGAAGUUCACAAAGGUGACGGAGAGGGUGGAAAGGACUCCAUCGCUGAACCACUUUACGCCCUCCUGGGAGAGAUCUUCGACAUGGGCGGAGUGUUUAAAUGGGUGCGCAAGAGUCUAAUAUCCUUCGUGCAAAUCACCUACGGACGCACGAUCAAUCGACAAAUCCGUGACACUGUCAACUACCUUUUCGAGGAGACUAUGCUGCACCACUACGCCUCCACGGCGCUGAAGUCCUUCUGGCCAGGCGGUGUUCUGGCGUCCGCCUAUCCCGAGAGGACUGAUGAUAUGCGCGAGAUGACAGCCAAUGCAGCAAAGUCCCUUCUCAUUGACAACAUUCCCGAAGUGCUGUGCAACUUGGUUGGUGCUCAAACGGCUAAACAUGGAACAAUAAAGAUCUUCGAGACUAUUCAGGAUGUCACACACAAUAAGCAACUAUUCUAUGAAAUGCUGGAAAUUUUGAUGUUGGAACUCUUCCCAGAAAUCAGGCAGUUGAAACCAAACUACAAGCAACAUUCCAACAAUUCCCACCCCCACAAGAUUCAGUAGAGAGAUAGAAAAAAUAUUGUUUGGUGUAUAAUUUGGUCUGUAUAUUAGCGUAAAGGAAAAUACCACACGUUUAUUAUCAGAAUAUCCACCAAGUAGAUGUUUAAUGUUAUCUAUAUGACACUGAACUGUCUCUAUACAGAUAUCGCAAAGAGGAAUUUAAAAGAUGCAGUAUUGCAAAAUGAGUUAAAAUAUUCGACAAUAGCGUCGAAUAGCUCAUUCUGCAAUAUUUGAUGGUGCAUAUUGAGUGCCAUUGUCACGUAAUGAAGUAGAAAGAAUAUUUUUAUCAAAUAAAUACUGCAGUAUCCAGUAAAUGGAGUCAUUGUGCUAUGUGUGUGCGUGAAAAAGGGGAGGAAACAGAGAGCCAAAACAGAGGCUGAUGGUCGUCAUGAGAAGAAAUUGAAUGUUAUAUUAACAUAUCUAGUCAUAUAUGAAAUAAUUAUACUAUGAUACAUAAUUUCACAAUACGAUAUUGAUGGGAAUCAAUGUGAAUAUUUUACGAAAGAUAUUUCGAAGAAUGAUCGAUAUAUUUGCUAUGAAAUUUUCUGCAUUCUCUUACUUUCAAUCCACAUUGUACGAUUUAAUGUAAUAGACAUGAGAUAAUAAAUCUCUGGCUUUUAGUUUAAAUGGAAAA